CUCGAUAUUGCCGCUCUCAUCUCUACUACGUUCUUUCUUUGCUUCCAAUUAAUUCAAGCCCCGUCACGGUGUAUUAAGGCAUGGCAGAAAUACUUGGCCUCACGGCGAGCAUCAUUGCCACGAUCCAGAUCACGGAGUCAGUUAUAAAGAUCUGUAAGGGUCUCAUCAAGGACAUCCGGGAUGCACCAUCUGACUUCCGCGCGAUCCUCAUCGAGACGACGUCAGUCGCAGCUGUCUUACAGACUCUCGAGUUUGUCAUCGAUGUGGAGGAGCCAGACUCGAAUCUGCGGAAAGCUCUAGAGGGCAGUUCGACGAGUGGAAAAGGCUCAGGGCCUAUCCAAGAAUGUCACUGCAUUAUCGUUCAGUUGGCCAAGUUACUACCCGCCGGUCACAAUCCGGAGGAAUCCCAGGAUUCGAAAGGCAAGAGGUUUCAAGCGGUAAAAAGAAGUUUAGCAUGGCCUUUAGACGCAAGCAAGGCCAAAAAGCUACUUCAAGACCUUGGGCGAUGCAAGGAUACCGUCAGCUUUGCCCUAACCGCGACGUCCAUUAACGACGUCAAACGCAUCCAGCAAGUUCUUACAGGUCGGUUUCGCUUAAGACUGGAAGAUGCGCUAUCACUGAUACAUAUUAAACUGAUCCUUCUCAAACUAGAAAACCAACGAAACGAGGUUCAUAAGUGGCUCAAGCAUACUGAUCCUUCAAAUAUCCACCGCGACGCUUGCAAGAACCAUGAACCUGGGACGUGCGAAUGGAUACUACGUGUCCCUGAAUGGGCCCAAUAUGAACAAGGGGACAUCCGAUGCCUUUGGAUUCAUGGAAUGCCCGGCGCCGGCAAAACCAUCUUGGCUUCUCAACUCGCUAAUAAGAUUGAGAAGAGUUGCGCUCAGUCCAAUCUCAAUGGGACCGUAUCGAUCGGAAUCAACUAUUACUGCCACUUUGGACGGAAUCAGGACGAAUCUGCUCCAUUUCUACAAUGGGUCCUCGAUCGCAUGUGUAAGAAGGUCAAGCAGGUCCCUGAUAUUCUUUGGGACAUGUUCGAGGAUGGUGGGGAACCUGAUCCCAGCGACCUAUUGAACGCUGUUGAAGCUGUUUCCCACUACUUUAGCAGCGUAUUCAUCAUGAUAGAUGCCGUCGACGAAAGUAGUCCCCGAGACGAACUUCUCAGUGUAUUACGAGAUCUGGCUACCGACCACAGGUUCGCGAAGAUUCGACUUCUUGUAGCUAGUCGUGAAUACCUGGAUAUUGAAAGGGUCAUGCGCGAAAUCUCAACGGAAGUGUCCAUGCGAAAUGCCGAGCUCGAUGCUGACAUACGACUUUACACAAAAAAUCGCUUGACUGUCAACAAGAGCUUGAGGACCUGGCCAGAAGACCUACGUGCUGAGGCUUUGGAGGCCUUGACAAUCGGCGCAAAGGGAAUGUUUCGGUGGGUUGAUUGUCAACUCGACGCAUUACGGCGAAUCAAAGAAGACAAAACAGCUGUCAGGAAGGAGUUGAAGAACCUGCCCAAGGAUAUCAACAAAGCCUAUAACAGGAUUUUCGAAAUGAUGCCCGAGGAAGAUAGGCAGGUUGUAGCCUCGUUCCUCGAUUGGAUUUGUUUCAACUACAAGGUCUUCAAACAAGAAGCCAUCGGUUGCGGCGUGCUGCUCGAAGCUACCGAAAAUUACCUUGAUCGACAAGAUUCCUUCACACGAGAUUAUCGCUUUGAUGUCGAACUUCUCCAAGAAAUGUGCGGUUGUCUCAUCACUGUCAGGACAAUGGAAAGCAACGACUGCCCUCCAGGAGGAGAAGUCGAAAUCAAGUUGCCUCAUUACACUGUCAUGGAGUAUUUAGCUGUAUCAAAUCGCUUUGGUCCAGACUAUUGCUUUCGUCUCGAUAAAGACGCAACUCUCGGGCUACGAGCGGGCAUUCUCCUCUUAGAGGGAUUCCGAUCCCCGGUCGAAGAAAUCAGUAUUAUGCGCCCAAAGUACCAUGAACAGGCUCCGGGCCAAUCAUGGAGGCUCGAAUUUCAGACCUACUGCGCUAUUUCAGCCAUCAAGUUGAUAUCUGCUAACGAGGAGGCUAUCCUAAAACACGAGGAACUUGCUACUUUGCUGACAACUCCACAUCAAUCAAGACUUCAUCCUGUGGAUGUGGCUCGCCGACUGGAUAGAAAGUACUACGAUUUGGCUGAAUAUCUCAUCGAAAAAUACGACGUUGACAUGACCUUUUGGCUGGUCCAACCCUCCAUAUCAUCGCCGCAGGAGGUUCGCAUUCUUCUUGAUCUCCUGCACAUGGGUGCAUUCAACUUGGUCGACUUUAUGCUGAGCAGAGUUCACGAUGCAAAGACCUUAUUCCAGACUAUGAUUGAGAUAGACUACGUCUUUCCGGAUCAAGAGCGGGGACCACGCCAUUUUCAUGUUUCUCUCAUCAGCUUCAUCGCCACCAUCAGCGCGAGAGACCCUUCGCCACUGAGACAUCUUCUGAAGACCUGGUCUCAAACUUUCGACUGCCGCAUCGCUCUCUUGAACUACGUCAUGUGGCAUCAUCAUGAAAAAAAGAAUGGAGGCAAGAAUGCUCCUUGUAGUGACUGGUGCACACUACAAGAGCUGUUAAGUCUUGGGGCGGAACCAGAUUCAUUGGAAUUCAUAAUCACGCCGUUGCAAAUUGCUGUUGCUUGUUUGGAUCUGGAAGGUGUGAAAGUUCUAUUAAAGUGUGGGGCCCAGCCGAAUGCUGCAGGAAAUCCAGGUGUGAUGGACCGGCCAGAGCAUUUCGUAUUGCGUCAGUUCGAUUUUCUGAGUGGCAUGACUCCGCUAAAGAUCUGCGAUUCUGGGUUCCAGGAUGCUUGUCUACGAAAGGCAUGGUUUGAAUAUGGAUUUGACGACGGGAUCAUGAACACUCGUCUGGGACAAGGUAGUUCAGGUCAAAUUAGGGCCGUACUCUGCGAAUACGGGGCUACAUAGACCGUUCACACGGUAUACCCCGCGAUGUGUACAGAUUGGAUGAAGCCGUGAAGUCGAAGAUCAUUCGUACUGGUGACUGUAUAUAGCAUCUCAACACUCUGUGGCAGUGCUCUAGAUGGUAUUAGGCUUAAGGAGUUCACGUCAAGGCGGUCGCUUGCGGAUUGCAUCUUAUACAGAUACUA